AUGGCGAAACCUCUGGAGGGCGAGUCUCUCAGGAUGGAUGCUCUGGAUAUCGAGGCCGAAUUCAGACGAAUCGAUACAAACCAAGACGAAGAGACGCUCGAUGGGGAUCUCUACAAGUACUGGCUCAAAGGUGGAUGGUGGGGUUCUAACGACAUGAGUGGAACAUAUCAGCCUCGUGAGGAAGAGGAUGAUUGGGAUAAUACGAGCGUUAUUACGAUGACCACAAAUGGAGGCGAAACAGAAGAUGAGGACGAAGACAGUUGGACAUCAGACGUGGGGAGCGGACAGAGAACACCUACCCAGCGCUCACCACGGCCCGAACGUGAAGGCACUCCAUUCCUUGAUAGUCCACUGGCGAUGGGCGACCUUGCUCGUCUCCUACACCCUACCAGUCUCGAAGAGCGACAGGAGGCGGAGAGACUCGCGGCACACCUCCAGAGCGAUCGCAUCUUGACAAGAUCUGGCUUCAGACGGAUAGAGCAGCUUCAGCGGACGAGAAUUCUGACGGUGCAGAGCCCAAAGGCAAAGCAGACAAGCAAGCUUGGUCCCCAAGGUCGCCUUACAAAGCUCAGCCCAGACGAAGAAGAGCAUCUUCUGGAGCAGCUGAUCUGGACAAAACGGCAAGCUUCCCCUGCCAAAGAUGAUCAACAAGACUCCGGUACACCGGCCGAGGGCGAGAGCCCUCCUUGCGUAGUAUGCCAAUGCUCACCACGCACUGUCAUCGUAUGGCCUUGUCGUUGUCUUAGCUUGUGCGACGACUGUCGCGUGUCUCUAGCUAUGAAUAACUUUGACAAGUGCGUGUGCUGUCGUCGGGAUGUCAUGAGCUUCAGCAGGAUCUAUGUCCCUUAG